AUGUACAAAUUGAUAUCCGCACUCUUUUUCCUCACAGUUGCGAUGGCCCAAACAGCCAUCACAGCCUCCACAACUAGCACGCCCACAGGCGCCGUGGAGUCCACUGGGGUGGACAUCGGCAUGAGCAAGGGUGUUGUCCCGACUCGUGCCAAAUGCAACCUGGGAUGCGGCGUCGGUAUUGGCGCAGGAUGUCUGGGUGCCAUCAUUAUUGCAGUAAUCGCGUUUAUUGCGGUGCGCCGGCAGAGACGCAAGGUUCGGACCAUCGAGAUGCAUGACAAGUGGGUGGCACAGAAGCAGCUACCGGAUAAGCCCAUCCCAGGCGCCGCCCCCACCAGUGAAGUCCCUCAGCGGCAUGCACCAGGUCUGAAUAUGUUUCUUUUUAUUGUUCUGUAG